UAGUUUUGGCCGAUAUCGACCAGAGCUUAAUAGCUGAAUAGCCAAAGAAAUAUGAAAUUAUUUCUAAGUGCCACUCUGGCCAUUAUGCUGGGCAUAAUGGCCCAGGCCCCUAGGACCCAGGCGGCGACCAGUUUGAAACUUGGUGGCAGCGGAGGUCUCUUUGGCGGUCUUGGUAAUCUCGCAAACAAUCUGAUUAAUACUGGAGCCAACAUUGCUGGCAACAUUAUUGACACUGGCGCCAACGUUGCUGGCAACAUGAUUAACACUGGCGCCAACAUCAUGGGCGGAGGCAUUAACACAGCGACCAACAUCCUGAACGGCGGCUGGGGCACUGGCGGCCAGAUUAACUUCGAUUAUGGAGCUCUUCUGGGUCAAUUCGGUGUCUUUGGCGGCAACGGUAAUGUUGUCCUCAAUUGGAAUUCCGUACUGAGCCAGGGUCCCGAUGCCCAAGGCAAUUUCGAUCUUGGUCUCUUGCUGAGCCAAUUCGGCUUUACCGGCAAUGUAGCCAAGGGUCAAUUGCUGAUCAAAUGGGACUCCAUGUUGAAAGUACAGCCCGAUGCUGCUGGCAAUAUUAGCAUUAGCCAUCUGCUUGGCCAGAUUUUCGGUGGCGCCAAUGGCAGCACCACCAUUGAAUGGAACAGCGGUGCCCCACAAACUCAGAUCGUUAUCAAUUGGGACAUGAUUAAGGGUGUCCAACCCGAUGCCAGUGGCAACAUUGAUCUGGGAGCCCUGCUCGCUCAAUUCGGUUACAAUUUGGGCUCAGGCAAAUACAUCAUCAGCUGGAGUGAUUGGCAAAAAUUGCAACCCAAUGCCUCUGGCCAAAUCGAUUUCUCCAGCAUUAUUGGUCAGUUGAAUGGAGCUCAGAGCACCAUCACCCUCAAUUGGCAGAAUAUUCUCAGCAAUUUGGGUGUUGGCAACGAUGUCACCGCCAUCAAUGUCAAUGUCAAUGCCUUCAAGAGCCUUAAGCCCUCUGCCUCCGGCACCGUAGACGUUGGACCUAUGCUCGGCAGUUUUGGCAUUAACAUUCCUUCCUUGGUGGUCAAUUGGGAUACCAUCCAGAACUUGCCCAGCGAUGCCUCCGGCAAUAUGGAUCUGUUGGCCCUGCUCAAGCUGUUGAACGUCAACGUUGAAGGAGCACCCACCACCACUGAAUCCAACAUCACUAUCACCUGGGACAUGAUUAAGAACGCUCAACCCGAUGCCAAUGGCAACAUUGAUUUGGGAGCUCUGCUAAGUCAAUUCGGUUUCAAUUUGGGCACUGGCAAAUACAUCAUCAGCUGGAAUGACUUCCAGAAGUUGAGUCCCGAUGCCUCUGGCAAAAUCGAUUUCACCACCAUCCUGGGACAAUUGAAUGGAUCCACCCCCACCACCACCAUCACCUUCAACUGGAAUGACAUUCUCCACCAAUUGGGAGUUGGCAGCGAUGUCACCGCCAUCAAUGUCAAUAUCAAUGCCUUCAAAAACCUCAAGCCCUCGGCCUCUGGCACCGUAGACAUUGGACCUAUGCUCAGCAGUUUUGGCGUAAACAUUCCUUCCUUGGUGGUCAAUUGGGAUACCGUCCAGAACUUGCCCAGUGAUGCUUCUGGCAACAUUGACCUGUUGAACCUGUUCAAGCUGCUCAACAUCAACAUAGAAGGUGCACCCACCACCGUAGUACCUCAAGGCAACAUCGUUAUCACCUGGGACAGCAUUAAGGGCGCUCAACCUGAUAGCAAUGGCAACAUUGAUUUGGGAGCCCUGCUCACUCAAUUCGGUUACAAUUUGGCUCCCGGCAAAUACUUCAUCACCUGGAAUGACUUCCAGAAGUUGAUUCCUGAUGCCUCCGGCAAAAUCGAUUUCACUACCAUCCUUGAACAGUUGAACCCCAAUGGCGGCAACCCCAGCACUCCCACCACACCCAGCGAAGUUCCUCAAGGCAACAUCGUUAUCACCUGGGACAGCAUUAAGGGCGCUCAACCUGAUCUCAAUGGCAACAUUGAUUUGGGAGCCCUGCUCACUCAAUUCGGUUACAAUUUGGCUCCCGGCAAAUACUACAUCACCUGGAAUGACUUCCAGAAGUUGAUUCCUGAUGCCUCCGGCAAAAUCGAUUUCACCACCAUCCUGGGACAAUUGAACCCUAAUGGCGGCAACCCCAGCACACCCAGCGAAGUCCCUCAAGGCAACAUCGUUAUCACCUGGGACAGCAUUAAGGGCGCUCAACCUGAUCUCAAUGGCAACAUUGAUUUGGGAGCCCUGCUCACUCAAUUCGGUUACAAUUUGGCUCCCGGCAAAUACUACAUCACCUGGAAUGACUUCCAGAAGUUGAUUCCUGAUGCCUCCGGCAAAAUCGAUUUCACCACCAUCUUGGGACAAUUGAACCCUAAUGGCGGCAACCCCAGCACACCCACCGAGCCAACUGGCCCAGUCUAUUCAAUGAUGGUUAACCUCAAUGAUGUUUACAGCAAAUUGAACAUCCCCAGUGGCAACAAGAUCAUUCUUGGCGUUGACACUUUGAAGAAUCUCAGGCCUGAUAACUCUGGAAAUGUUGAUAUCGGCAGCUUCCUUCAACACUUUGGCAUACCCAGCGGCAGCUUCGUUGUCCCCCAUAGCCUCGUGCAGAGUUUGCCAAGUGAUGCUUCGGGCAAAAUCGAUUUGUUGACACUUUUGAAGCACUUCAACAUUGGCUUCACUUAUGGCGGCAAUGGCGAACCUUCCCAACCCAUCAGCAUCAAUUUGGAUGACCUUUACAACCGUUUGGGCUUCACCAAGGGCAGCACCAUCAAAAUGAGCAUUGACACCCUGAAGAGCCUCACCCCCGAUUCCUUCGGAAAUGUAGAUGCCGGACACUUCCUGCAAUCUUUGGGCAUUGGCAACGGUUCCUAUUUGAUUAACUACAACGUCGUCCAGAACCUGCCCACCGAUGCCGAAGGAAAGAUCGAUUUGUUGACCCUGUUCCAGAAGUUCAACAUCGACUUCAACUAUGGCGGCCAGAACCAACCCACUGAACCCCUUGUUGUCAAUAUCGAUGAUAUCUUCAGCAAGUUGGGCUUCGGACCCGGCAGCACUGUGACCAUCGGCAUUGACAACUUGAAGACUAUCAAGCCCGAUGGCCAUGGUAAUGUGGAUAUUUCCUACUUCCUGCAACAGCUGGGCAUCAACACCGGCUCCUAUCUGAUCAACUACGAUGUUAUCCAGAAUCUGCCCAGUGAUGCUAAUGGCAAAAUUAAUCUUCUGACCUUGCUCGAAAGAUUAGGCAUUAACUUUCAAUAUGGCAACGGCACACCAACCGGACCCACCGAAGUCUUUUUGGAUAAAAUUCACGAAAAGUUCAACAUUCCCAAGGGCAACACCAUCACCAUGAGCGUUGAUACCUUGAAAAAUCUGCAUCCCGAUGCCCAAGGCAACGUGGAUAUCAGUGCUUUCCUUAACAACAUGGGCAUUCCCAGCGGUUCGUACUUGGUCAGCUAUGAUACAAUCCAAAAUCUGCCCACCGAUGUCAAUGGCAAAAUUGAUCUGCAAACCUUGCUGAACCAAUUCAACAUUAAAUUUUACUAUGGCAACGGCAGCCCCAGCGAGAACCAACCCACCAUCAGCAUCCAGGACAUCUACACCAAAUUCGGCAUUAAAGAGGGUAGCAAAAUCAACAUCAGCGCUGCCCCUUUGAAGAACCUCAAACCCGAUUCGGCGGGUAAGGUAGAUGUAGGUAACUUCCUUAAGCCUCUUGGCGUUCCCUGUGACUCGCACAUUGUCGAUUUUGGACUUAUCCAAUCUCUGCCAACCGAUCCCACUGGAAAUAUCGACUUGGUCACCCUGCUUGACAACCUCAAUGUUGUGGUUACCGGUAGGGAACCCACCAAACUGAACCUCGACGAUAUUCUCAAUAUGCUGACUCAGCUCAGCUCUAUCAACGGUGGUCACAGCAUCAGCAUAGACAUCAAUGGCAUCAAGAACCUCGUGCCCAACUCCAACAACGAAAUCGACAUUGGACCUCUGCUACAAAAAUUGAAUUUGGGCAAUGGUGGCUCGUAUUUCAUCAAUUGGGACUUCAUCAAGAACAUGCCCAACAACCCCACCGGAUCCAUUGAUCUGUUGACCUUUCUUAACAAAUUGACUUCCGGCAAUCCCGUCUGGGAAGAAGCACCCAAAGAACCCAACAACAUUGACCUCAAUGCUCUUUUCAAUCAAUUGAACGGUGGCUCCACCAUAAACAUCAACCUCCAAGGUGUCUGGCCUAACUCCAACAACGAAGUAGAUCUCGGACCUCUUCUAUUGCAAUUGGGCAUUGGCAAUGGUGGUCAAUUCCUUGUCAAUUUCAACACUUUGAAGGAACUCCAAGGUCCCAAUGGUAACAUUAAUUUGACAACUCUAAUUAGCAAGUUGCCAAAUUUUAACGGCGGUGGUAGCACCACCAUUGAAUGGAACACUCAUCCUACACAACCCAGUAACAUUGACAUCAGCGCCAUUAUCAACAAACUGGUAAACCAAGGUAGCAACACCGUAACCCUCAACGUCGAAGGACUCAGGCCCAAUGGCAAUAAUCAAGUAGAUAUCGGACCAUUCCUACAACAAUGGGGUCUUCCCAUUGGCGGUACGUUCAAUGUCGACAUCAACUUUUUAAAAAACAUGGAAGGACCUAGUGGAACUAUUGACUUGAGUGCUCUCCUCAACUUCUUGAAACCCCAACUAACUCAACAUCAAACAUGGAAUAUUCCCGGAGAAACAGUUUGGCAAAUACCAGAAAUGAAUUUGCCCGAGAAAGAAAUUCCCGGCUUUGAAAUUCCAACAGGACACGUUCCAACAGAUGUGCCAGUAGCUGAAAUUCCAACUAUUGAAAUUCCCCAACAACCCGAAGAAACCCAUUGGGUCCCUGAACAGCCUGAAGAACCCCAUUGGGUGCCAGAACAACCUGAGGAGCCUCAUUGGGUGCCUGAACAACCUGAAGAACCCCAUUGGGUACCAGAACAACCUGAGGAGCCUCAUUGGGUACCUGAAACACCAGAAGAACCUCACUGGGUACCAGAACAACCAGAGGAGCCUCAUUGGGUGCCAGAAACACCAGAAGAACCUCACUGGGUACCAGAGCAACCUGAGGAACCUCAUUGGGUGCCAGAACAACCCGAACAACCAACCUGGGUACCACAACAACCUGAAGAACCCCACUGGGUACCAGAGCAACCUGAAGAACCCCAUUGGGUACCAGAACAACCCGAACAGCCAACCUGGGUACCAGAACAACCUGAAGAACCCCACUGGGUGCCAGAAACACCUGAAGAACCUCACUGGGUACCAGAGCAACCUGAAGAGCCCCAUUGGGUGCCAGAACAACCUGAACAACCCACCUGGGUACCAGAACAUCCUGAAGAACCCCACUGGGUGCCAGAAACACCUGAAGAACCUCACUGGGUACCAGAGCAACCUGAGCAACCAACCUGGGUACCAGAACAACCUGAACAACCAACCUGGGUACCAGAACAACCCGAACAGCCAACCUGGGUACCAGAACAACCUGAAGAACCCCACUGGGUGCCAGAAACACCCGAAGAACCUCACUGGGUACCAGAACAACCUGAGGAACCCCAUUGGGUACCAGAACAACCUGAACAACCUACCUGGGUACCAGAGCAACCUGAAGAACCCCACUGGGUGCCAGAAACACCUGAAGAACCUCACUGGGUACCAGAACAACCUGAACAACCAACCUGGGUACCAGAGCAACCUGAAGAACCCCAUUGGGUACCAGAACAACCUGAGCAACCAACCUGGGUACCAGAACAACCCGAAGAACCCCACUGGGUGCCAGAAACACCUGAAGAACCUCACUGGGUACCAGAGCAACCUGAAGAACCCCAUUGGGUACCAGAACAACCCGAACAACCAACCUGGGUACCAGAGCAACCUGAAGAACCCCACUGGGUACCAGAACAACCCGAAGAACCUCAUUGGGUGCCAGAACAACCCGAACAACCAACCUGGGUGCCAGAACAGCCUGAAGAACCCCACUGGGUACCAGAACAACCAGAAGAACCUCAUUGGGUGCCAGAACAACCCGAACAACCAACUUGGGUUCCAGAACAGCCUGAAGAACCCCACUGGGUACCAGAACAACCUGAGGAACCACAUUGGGUGCCAGAGCAACCUGAACAACCAACCUGGGUUCCAGAACAACCUGAAGAACCACACUAUGAACCAGAACAACCCGAGGAACCUCACUGGGUGCCAGAGCAACCUGAACAACCAACCUGGGUUCCAGAACAACCUGAAGAACCACACUAUGAACCAGAACAACCUGAGCAACCUAACUGGGUACCAGAACAACCUGAGCAACCUAAUUGGGUACCAGAACAACCUGAGGAACCAACCUGGGUACCAGAACAACCUGAGCAACCAACCUGGGUACCAGAACAACCUGACCAACCAAUCUGGGUACCACAACAACCUGAAGAACCUACCUGGGUACCAGAACAACCUGAGCAACCUAAUUGGGUACCAGAACAACCUGAAGAACCUACCUGGGUACCAGAACAACCUGAGCACCCAACUUGGGAACCUGAACAACCCGAAGAACCACAUUGGGUACCAGAAGAACCACAAGAACCAAGCUGGGAACCUGAACAACCUCAAGAACCAACCUGGGUACCAGAACAACCUGAGCAACCAACCUGGGAACCUGAACAACCCGAAGAACCAACCUGGGUACCAGAACAACCUGAGCAACCAACUUGGGAACCUGAACAACCCAUUGUACAACCUGAAGAACCUGAACAACCAACUUGGGAACCAGAAAAUCCCGAAGUACCAACAUGGGAAGAAGAAACCCCUUCAGUUGAACCAACUCCUGAGGAACCCACUUAUCCUUAUCCUGAAGAAGAACCCUCUUGGCCAUUUGAGCCCGAGGAGCCAAAUUGGCCCGUUGAACCUGAGGAACCCUCUACUCCAGAACUGGAACCCAAACCUGAGGAGCCCUUCCCCGUACCAGAAGAACAACCCUUCCCACAACCCUUCCCCGAGCCUUGGAGACCAAAUUGGGAUAUUACUGGAAGACCUGGUUUCUAUCCACAAUUCUUCUACCAACUUCCCCAACACAUUCGCGAAAUUCUCAUUAGGUUCUUGCAUGGCUAUCCUGGUUUCGAUCUUAGUCUCAGACCUGACUAUCGUCUCAUCAUCGAAUUGCUGCAUCAAUUGAAAUAUGUACCAACCUUCGGCAGGGAUCCUAUGACUUACGAUCCUCUCAUUGCCAACUUGAUGUUGCAAUUGUAUGGAAGGCCCAGCUUUGACAUCGAUUUCACUUUGCACUCAUAUUUGAUACGCCAACUUUAUGAUAUGCCCAGCCGCAAUUACUUGCUACGUUUCUUGUACGAUAUGCCAACGUAUGACCUCUUGACUCUCUAUUUGCACGGUAGCCGCAAUCCUUGGGAUUUCGUGGGUCAGCCCAGCCCUCGUGAUUAUUUGUUGCGUUUGUUGUAUGGACCCUCGAUUCCAUCAUACUUCUGGCGCAACAUCUAUGGCAACCCAAUACCUGGAUAUCCUCAUCAUGGCCGUCCCCAUCACGGACACCCCCAUCACGGACAUCCCCAUCACGGAUAUCCUCAUGGACCUCAUUUCCCCAGUCAUGUCGUCUUCCCAAGACCAACACAUGGUCAUCCCGGUUUCCCCAAUAGUGGACGUCCUGGACAUUUCCCCAUUUCCAUAAAUGGUCGCCCAGGUACCGGCUUCCUGCCCAACUUUGGUAAACCCUCAACCUUCCCCAGUUUCCCAUCAGGCAAGCCUUCAUACCCAGGUACUGGAUUCUUGCCCAGCUCUGGUAAGCCCUCAACCUUCCCCAGUUUCCCAUCAGGUCUUAGACCCGUUGGCGGUCAUUUGAUCGGAAAUAUGCAAAUCACUGUCACACAUCCUGGCAGCCCCGCUGUUACCAUUCCCGCCAAUUUACCCAAGCUGCCCACCAUCCAACAGUUCCUUAACAAUUUCGCUAACAACCCCAGCAAUGGCAAGGGACCCGUCACCACCUACCCCAGCAUUACCACUCUGCCCAACAACUUCCAGUUCCCAGGCAGUGGUAGUCCCUCCAGCAGUGGUGGUGCACCCAGCACUCAAAAUUUCCCAGGCACUGGUGGUUUGCCCAACUUUGGUAAUUUCCCCAGUUCUCCAAACCCAACCAUGGGAAACUUUUUCAAUAGCUUGAAAAAUCACUUUGGGUCAGGAGCCCGCCCCAAUUUCGGCAGCAUGUUCGGCAACUCGCUUGGACUCCCACCCCAGCCACGUGCGGUUAAUGCCUAAUUUUUAUUUUUUAUUCUAAAU